ACAAGGCCCAUGACUCUUCCUUUUCUAUUCUCCCAGGGCGCUAAGGAAACCUUCUGGCUAUGCUAAAAAGGAUCUGUGGUAACGGAAGACUGCCAUAUCAGAGAAGUUUCGUUGCAAAGCCGAUAAACUCUCUUCGGCCUCGAAGACCGCAUCUGCUUGGUCCCCUUACGAGAUAACUAUCGUUUUUGCACUCUCGUACCCUGGGUUAUGGACUCCAGUACUCUCCCAGCCAAUCCUAUCACUGUGGCGUACCAUUUCGAGUCACUUGUGCCCGUUAAGCGGACUCUAUCAAAGCGUGUCGUUUUCUGAUAUCAGAGUGGCUCUUCUUCCUUUUCUCGACUUACUCGAUGGCCCGGGUGGGGGCUCUCGAGUUUAUAUCUACCGUACUCCGGGGUGCCUCUCUCCCUCUGAACCUCAACCCCCACCAUGGUCGACUGGCAUUCCCCCGAAGUCCUCCAGGACAAUGCUCUGGCGUUCACCAAAAGCAUACAUUGCCUCAUUGGUCUAUACUUAUGGGAAUUCGUCAACACCCUUGACUUUGAUUGGGCGGUGAUCAGUGGAGAGCAAAAGUUCCGGUGGCCGUUGUUUUUCUAUUUCUACGCUCGUUAUGGAAUGCUUGGCGUGUUGAUAGGCUUGUGGAAUCGGCAAUAUGCUUAUUUGAGUGUAGUGCUGUUCGCGUUAAACGUGACCAGAACGUUGGGUUACCUUCCAAUUAAAAGCAGAUACAUUGUCAGGGUCCUUUUCCUCUUCAUUCAGAUUGUAGGGGAACACUUGUCUUGGAGUCGCCAGUAUCAACCUUUCCAUUCGCACGUUUGGGGUCAAAGCCUAUAUGUAACCGUUCCCCUCGUAGCGUUGAUCUGCGGCCAGUUUGGUAUUAUUCUGAAAUCCGUGACCAAUGUCCACUGCUCGACGUUGUUCGCGGCGAUGUAUCUCUACACGAUGGGAACGGAUUUCAUCUGUGAUCUGUGGUAUAAACGGCGUCACCAGCAUAAGAGUAGGAUCAUGAAGUUGAUGUUCGUCGAUGUGACUAGUUUGUUAUAUAUAUUUUCUCUCUUGGAUCUUAACGACGUUAUGAGCGUCAUUGCCGAUGGUCCGGCUUCAAUUCUGGCUACGGUAGCUUCUUGCCGUGUGGUACGUCGAUUGUACCGGUUCCGAGGUCCUGGCGCCGAAAUAUACAGUGCUAGCGGUGGUGAUACAUCGAGCGGGCUUAACAAUAGGACACAUCCACUGAGUCAACAAGCGCGGAUUGACGUCCCCGCAAAGACCGCAGUGGCCGGUGUACAUGUGCAGAUGCAAACCUUCACGGAAACAUCAUAUGGUACCCCCGGAAGCGCCAAAGAUCGCGAGAUUGCUGGUGAACUAUUCGAUAGGGAUUCCUCUGAAUCUGAGCUGAAGCGCAAGUCCGCGGGAUACUAAACGAUUACGAAACGACUAGUCAUGUUUGUCUUUUUUUCUACCUCUGCAAUUUCCUACUUCUUUGAUAUCGAAAUACACAAACAUUACCUGUUCAAGCGAAAUUUGACAAAGAUGAUGUGUGGUUUGUGCGUAUCUUCUUCCUCAGUGAUAAGCGAUGG